UUUAAGUUUAUGUUUUUGCCUUACAAAAUGAUCAGUUGAUAAUAUCAUAAACAUAUCGAAAAUCAUAAUCAUUGUAAAAUAAAAAAUUACCGUAUUAGAAUUCCGUAUUUCUAUACCAUCGAACACUGUUUUUAGAAAGUAAAAUUAGUUAUAUGUGCGAAAGUUAUGACUGAAUUUGGAAAGACCCAACUAUUCAAAUAUGGCUGGACUGAAGGCAAAGGACUUGGUAAAAAUGAGAAUGGUAUUACCAAAGCUUUAAAAUCAAAGUUAAAAUUAAAUACGUUUGGUUUUGGAUACAGCAAUACAGAAUUUCAAAGGUGGAAUUUUAAAAACAGUUUUUAUAUUAUGAUAAAUCCCAAAAAUCUAUUUGGCAUAAGAAAAAUAUGGUAA